ACUGUGAAGUUGGUUGUCAUGACAACGUACCCGCGUAAUGGCAACGCAACGUUGAAAAUUAUAAUUGACUGAAACGUCAAAGAUCGCAAUACUUACACUUUGCCUCAUUCUGUCAUUUUGGUCACGGGUGAGAUAUUAUCCAGAGCAAUGCGAUUUAAAAUAUCAUUACGAAAUACUAAUGGACAUAAAGGUUUAGUCACGUGUGUAGCUUGGAACUCUACUGAAGAAAUAUAUUCUUGUGGUGAAGACCAUAUCUUGUUAUGCUGGCGACUGGAAGGUGGCACAGUGCAUUCAUCAAUAAUUACAACUUUUCCAUCUGAAUUCUGCCCAACGGAUAUGCAAUGGCAUCCUCGGCCUAUGCAGCCGAGUAUGUCUUCAAAAAAGCAAUCUUUCGAUAUCCUCUUAAUUACAACAGCUGAUGGUAAAUUUCAUUUGAUUAACAAAAAUGGACGAAUAGAGAAAAGCGUCGAGGCUCACAAGGGAGCUACACUCGUCGGCCAAUGGAACAACGACGGUUCUGCCUUGAUGACGACAGGAGAAGAUGGGCUUGUGAAGAUAUGGUCACGCAGCGGUAUGCUUCGAUCUACAGUGGCUAGAGGCAGACAACCAGCUUUAAGUGCUGCAUGGAGUCCGGACUGUUCUUCAAUUCUAUAUGCACUGGGUGCGCACCUCUUGGUUCAAUUUUUCAACACAAAUGCUAAACCUCAUAAGUGGCAUGGACAUGAUGGACUGAUUCUAGCUGUUGCAUGGAGCCACAAACACGGGCUUAUAGUAUCUGCUGGUGAAGACUGUCGAUAUAAGGUUUGGGACUCUACAGGUAACCAAUUAUACUGCAGUAGUGUGAUGGAGCAUCCAAUUGUAUCACUUAGUUGGUGUGCCAGCGGUGAUUACUUUGCUGUCGGAUCCUUUAAUACAGUCCGAUUGUGUGAUAAAACUGGAUGGUCCCACGCUUUGGAGAAAGUCAACACUGGAAGUAUUUAUUCCAUAGCAUGGUCAAGUGAUAGUACACAGGUAGCUAUGGCAUGUGGAGGUGGUGGAGUUCUUACUGCACAUGUUAUUGAUAGGCGACUAGAGUGGAGCAACUAUGAGGCAACUCUUGUUCGACGUAAGACGAUUGAAGUCAGAGAAGUUGGUAGCGAGCGACAUGAAACUCUUGAAAUAUCAGAUCGAGUAGUUAAGAUGGAAUUUGGAUUUGGUCACUUAGUCGUCAUCACACCAUCCCAGUGUCAUGUUUAUGCAACUAUCAACUGGAAUACCCCAGCUAUAUUCGAUUUAAAGAACGGUUCUGUUUCUUCUGUAAUUUUAGCUGAAAAACACUUCUUACUUGUGGAAUGGAAUGUUACUACCUUGUAUAGUUAUCAGGGUCGCUUAUUGGGUAUUCCACGUUGGAAAGGCAUGACCCAGGAACCCAUUCAUACUUCGUGCAUCGCUCUCUGUUCCGACACGCUCGUUAUUCGAGAUCAGAGUAAUAAUAAAUUACUGCACGUUUUAGAAGUGUCUAGUAAUAAACCAAUUAUGGAAGGGCAACCCCACACCCAUCUCCAAGGAGUUUCUCAGCUUGCAUUGAAUCAUGUUGGUAGUGUUACUGAGCGACAACUAGCAGUCAUUGAUGUUAAUAGAGACUUGUUUCUAAUAUCAAUUCGAACUAGUGGUUUUGGAAGAGUUUGCAAGAUUGCUGUUAUGGCUCAAAGUAUUCAAUGGGCUACAGAUGCCAAUAUCUUAGCAGCGAUGUUAGAUGUCACCCUCUCUGUUUGGCUAUGCCCAAGUUGCGUGCAUUACAGUGAUAAAAAAAUGAUUCGAAAAACAAGAAUCGAUAAAAACAACAGCGAAUUUGGAAAGCAACCAGAUAUAGUGUGUGUUCAGGGAGGAUUAAUUACUGUCAGGCGAGGAGAUGGUGCUCUGGUUACAUCUGCCUUUUAUACUUUCUUUACGAGUUUGCACCAGCAUAUAAUAAAUAAUAGAUGGCAAGAUGCACUUUCCUUGUGUCGAAUUGCACAGAAUGAAAUACUGUGGACUUCUAUGGCAGUUAUGGCAACAGAUGCCAAAGAGUUGAGUGCUGCAGAAGAGGCAUAUGCUGCUAUAGGCAGAUUUGAUAAGGUUGAUUACAUUCAGUACAUUAAGCUCUUGCCAAAUAAAAUCGAAAAACUGGCUGGAAUGACUUUAUUGGCAGGUGAUUUGUUGGCUGCAGAAGGAAUCCUCCUGCAAAAUGGCUUAGUUGUUGAAGCGAUUCAUGCCAAUAUCAAAAUAUAUAACUGGAACAGGGCAUUGGAGCUCGCAACCAGGCAUAAGAAAGAGUUGGAUACGGUACUACAGGCUCGCAAAAAGUAUCUUCGUAUUCUAAAUAAACAAGAAACCAAUCAAUUGUAUUUAAGUCUGACGGUGAAUACAUUCAAUGAGCAGAAAGUUCACUUAAUGUCCGAACCAACUGAAGAGCCGGAAAAGCUUGACAACGAAUCUGAGAAGUUGAACUUCUUGGAAUUGUAAUUCACGAUUUCAGGUCAGUGUACUACGUAUCACGAAUUAUCAGAGCAUUGUAAUAAAGUAGCAAUAGAAGUGACGUGAAAGUGUCUCUUUGAAAGCACUGCUAAAGCACUAAAAAUAUGUAGGUAUUUCAGAAAAUUUUUUCGCAGAUUGAGAGACUUUAUAAGAAUUUUCCAGGACAUGCUGUUUGAUGUAAUGUAAUCUUCAGAGAAAAAUUUGCUACCAGAUUACAGGAGAAAUGUAAUACUUAACUCAGUGUCGUGACAUAGGCACAAUAGGCAUGAUUUCAUCCCCAGAAGCUAUGCAUUUCUUA